AUAGCCCGCAAACAGGUCGCUAUACAAUAUGGGUACUUCAUAUUUUAGAGAUAUCACCAGCGAAUCGGCCUUCAAUGCAAAUUGCCAUGAUGAUCUUGAAAAUCUCUUCUCCGACCUCAAUGUCGUUGCCGCGAGUGAAUGGGGACGUGAUCAUUUAUUUGCUUGUCGUUUAAUCCGACGAGAGACGCAGCGCCCUGUUCUUCCGACCUUGUCAGAGUAUACAAGGCCCUCGGACUUGACAUCCUCGACUGAAAUCAUUGACUUCGUGAGUGGUCCACCGGGCCCGGCGUAUAUGGCUCAAAGCGAGCACCGACUUGUACGAAGCUCUGGCUAUGGGAUGUCUCUUGGACAGAUUUGGGCGGCGUUGGCAAUGUUCAAAGAAAGAGCAAAGCGACCUAGGCGAAACACUCUCCAGGAAGACUACGUCGAUUCCCGCACAAUUCAAGUCGGCUCCAGCAGUCCACAGGAGAUAAGCUCACAAGAGUCUUCCUCUGUCGGUUACGUCGAUCCCGUAUCACAUAGACUCCUAGCCGCGCCGGAGGAUGAAACAAUACGGCUUGCAUCGUGCGUCAUUCGACAUAUCUUGUACUUUGGUGCCCCUCAGGAUUCUGUAGAACUGUCAACUGUUGUUGAAUUUCGGGAUGCUAAAGUGAGACUCACUGCCUACACUCCUGUACUGAGACGGAGGAUAGUAGCCAUCGACGACGGAGGACUCUGCUUGCGAAAGGAGUUGAACGGUUGUUUUGCAGUCUCCAAAAAUCACCUGGCGAUAUUGGAAGGCAAAAGACACUUCCAGUGUUUUGAAAAUGGCCGGCCAAUCAUUUCGGAUAAAUGUCUCGCCCAGAUGACCUGUGAAGCUCUUGUAGCUAGCAUUGUCGAUCCCUUCAAUGAGUUGCAGCCAAAUGGGGUCAUAGUGAUCAAUGUUACGCAGCACUAUCUGUGCUUCCUCCACUUUGAGAUUACUGAGGAAUACCUCUUGAAUUUUGAAUCUCCUUCACCUAGCUCUUUUCUACACGUGAACUCCACUCCUUGGUUUGACCUGGAUUCUCCGUCUGGAAGGAGGCAAGUGGUCUUGAACCUCUGUGGCUUGAUGCGUCGGGAGCUUCAGCCAUGACAUCUUGCCUUAAUUUCUCUACUUCGGCAUAGACUCGCUACAGGGCUCUUUGGAAGAGACGGACUUGCGGAGCAAAUAUCUAAAGUGCUUUGAACUUCGCAACCCGGUCUGCUACAGUACGAUGCCUCAGUAGGAUAAGACACCUGAAAAGGUCCAUACAGUCUCCACUUUCCCAGUCUCAUUUCUCAGGACUACGGCAAGUGGCCACGAAGGAGUGAAGAUGUUGCUUGAGAUGGAGCAGGCUCAGAAGAUGGGAGGGUCGGACCUAGUCAAGAUAACAACUCCAAAUUGCACAGAGUAAUCAACCUGCAAAUCUAUUGCGAAACCCAGGACAGAGGAAAGAAAUAAGUUUUGAAAUGGACUAAGGAUAAAUCAUGCCAAAUUGACUCUGUCGGUCCUGUCGUGUGUUGCACAUAUACAUAUUCACUUCCCCGCAUUCACCGGGUGAGGUUUCCGCUGCAAUCCACCAAAACUAACCUGAC